AUGGCUCAUCUGACCCAGCGCAGACAGACUACAGACACCACCGAGUUGGAGGUGUGGGACAGCGGGAUUGCCCGGGAGGUGAACAGGUCCUUAUACUCGCCUGCAGUGGCCAACCCCUUCAUGCAGCAGACUCACCUCAGUGCUUGGCGCUGGGCCUGCACCAUCCUCCUGGGGACCGUGCUGGUACCUGUGCGUGUGUCCUGCAUCGCCUUCCUCUUCAUCUUUCUCUGGCCUAUGGCCACACUCACCACCAUCAACUUGCCGACUCAACCUACCAAACCCAUGAAGAGUUGGAGGAAACAUCUGAUGAAGCCGGCGCUCCUGUUCUUGUUUCGUAUGACGUUCUUUUUUGCUGGGUUCCUGAUUAAGGUGAAAGGGAAAAGGGCCACCAGAGAGGAGGCCCCCAUCUUCGUCACCGCGCCACACUCCACCUUCUUUGACGCCAUCGCCGUCGUUGUGGCGGGGCUCCCUUCUGUGGUCUCUGCAAGUCAGAAUGUGCAGAUUCCAUUGGCUGGGAAAUGCCUCCUGUCAACUCAGCCUGUGCUUGUGAAACGCGAAGACCCGAAUUCUAGAAAGACUACCCGGAAUGAAAUCCUGACUCGAGUGAUAUCCAAAAUGAAGUGGCCGCAGAUUCUGAUUUUCCCGGAAGGAGUAUGCACCAAUCGCUCCUGUCUCGUCACGUUUAAACUAGGAGCCUUCUCCCCAGGCGUCCCUGUGCAACCAGUGCUGCUGAGGUACCCCAACACCCUGGACACCGUGACCUGGACCUGGCAGGGGUUCACAGGCUUCCAGGCAUGUAUGCUAACUCUGAGUCAGCCCUUCACUAGAGUGGAAGUUGAAUUUAUGCCUGUUUAUAUCCCGAGUGAAGAAGAAAAGAAAGACCCCGUCCUUUUUGCCAACGCAGUCCGAAUCAACAUGGCAAAUGCUUUGAGACUCCCUGUGACGGAACACACUUUCGAAGACUGCAGACUGAUGAUUUCUGCUGGUGCCCUUCAACUACCCAUGGAAGCUGGUUUGGUGGAAUUUACGAAAAUCAGUCAGAAGUUGAAAUUAGAUUGGGACAAUAUCCACAAGCACUUGGACAAAUAUGCUGCAAUUGCAGUCUCCUCAAAAGGAGGCAAGAUUGGAAUUGAAGAGUUUUCAAGUCAUUUAAAACUCCCAAUUUCAGAGCCCUUGAGACAGCUUUUUUCUCUCUUUGACAGGAAUCACGAUGGCACCAUAGACUUCCGAGAGUAUGUGAUAGGUCUAACUGUCCUGUGCAACCCUUCCAACACGGAGAAGAUUCUGCAAAUGUCAUUUAAACUUUUUGAUCUUGAUGAGGACGGCUAUAUAACAGAACAAGAGUUAACAACUAUACUCCGUGCAGCUUUUGGAGUGCCAAACCUAGAUGUUUCCACACUCUUCCAGCAGAUAGCUGGCAAGGACUCAGCUCAAGUGUCAUACAUGACCUUUAGGAAGUUUGCCCUGAAGCAUCCAGCAUAUGCCAAGUUAUUUAAUUCAUACCUAGACCUCCAGGCAGCCUAUGUAUAUUCAUUACCACAAGAAGUAAAAGUGCAUCUGUAGCAUUAAAAAUGUUCAGGUCAUUUUGGAAACAGGGGAAGAACUUUUAGGUGGAAACCAUGAACUAAAUAAAAAAAAAGUAUCAAUUGUGGAAAAGCUCAGUGGUUUUUACUCUAAGUGGCACAGAUACUGUCCUCAAAAAGCAACUUGGGGAAGAAAGUGUUUAUUUGACUCAUGUUCAGAUCACAGCCCAUCACUGAGGGAAGCCAGGGCAAGCAUUCAAUCAGGAACAGAGAUGAGAAAUCAUGGAGCGGAGCUGCUUACUGGUUUGCUUCCCCAUGGCUCACUCAGCUUCCUUUCUUAUACAACUCAGGAGCACUGGCCCAGGGAAGGCAACAUUCAGAGUGGGCUGGGACCUCCCACAUCAAUCAGUAAUCCAGAAAAUGCACCACAGACUUGUCCACAGACCGGCCUGAUGCAGAGAAUUCUUCAGUUGAGAUUCUCUCUUCCCAAAGGACCCUGUUUGUGUCACGUUGGCAGAAACUAACCAACACAGAUAUUUAAUCAUAUUUAAAAUACACUUGAGGAAUUUCAAUUAGGUUUUUAUAAUACCUUUUGUACCCCUUAAGAUAAUGUUUGUUGGGCACAAUGGCACAUGCCUGUAGUGCACAGAAAAUAGAGGCAGGAGCACAGCUUUGCAACCUAACAAAUAGAUUUAAAAAGAUUUAUAGCUUGCUUGCCCCCAGGGUUUUCCUUUAAAUCGAUAAUAAAUGGUCCUCAAGCUCCUGUUUGUUUUCAUUCUUAAAUUAUUUUAAUAAGAUUAAGAACCCCAAUGAGGGGACCCUGAUUUGCCAGGUAUCAUAUAAUGUCUCCACUGGGACUCCCUAGGAUUUCUGGUAACAUCUUUCUUGCCUUUUAAUUCUUUAAUUGACAGAGAAAACAUCCCUAGGAGGCAUUAAAAGAAUUCUAUAUCCUACCAUAGAGAUAUGUGCUCAACCAUGUUUGGUGCUGCUUUAUUCACAAUGUGUAAGAAAUGGAAUCAGUCUACAUGUAGAAUGGAUAAUGAAAAUGUGUAUAUACACGUGAGGACGUGGGAAAGAAACCACUGAAAUGGGCACUCCUUCAUCAGGGGGAAGGGGUGUGUGUGUGUGUGUGUGUGUGUAUAAGAGAGAGAGAACAGCCAGAGGCAUCUGGAAGAGCCCAAAGCAGAGAGAAAAAUAAAACAGACUGGACACAGCUAGGGUUAUCUGCUAGAGAAGUGAGAAUAGUGAGGGCAGGUGGAAGAAAACCUUGCUUUUAUACAUAGAAUGGAUAGGUAUUUGGGAGGAGCGAAGCCUGGGAGCCACAACAGCCUGGGAGGAAGAGUGGGUAUGUGUGAGAAGGGCUGGGAGGCUAGUGUGGAUACUGAAAUGUAUACUAGGUACUUGUAAGGAACUGUAGGGGGCUGGAGGCUAGCAUGGGUUUUGAAAUGCUGAUGGGUGCCAUAGGCAUAUGCCAACAGAGAACCAUACAUCCUUUCUGCAAGAGGCAAGGGAAAUGACUCCUUUUGGCAUACAAGGAAUCUGUUUCACAAAUUCCUGAGAAAUUCUGUCUUUAAUUUAAGCAGCAGAAAUCUUUCUACAGUUCAUCUUGAGCUGAUCCUAGACUCAAUUUUGGACCAAGUCAGUGGGCCUGCCCUUUGGGGGUGCCUGGGAUACCCUUUGGACCUGACAAUACAUAAUGGAAUUUUAUUCAGCUGUAAAGAAAAGUGAAAUUAUGGAAGAGUCUAGAGCACAGAUAGACAGUAGUAGACUGAACAUGGACAGCAGACUAGACCUGGCCAUGAGAAGCAGGAGCAGAGCAAGAGCGAGAGACAGAAAAAAAAGGAACAUGGCCAAAGAGCGGGGUUAUAAAGAGAAUGAGUAGCUGGGGGGAACAGAAGGCUAUGAGCUGGAGACAUUUAAGGUCUGGGAGGAGGUAAGAAGAGCUAGGAUGCUAACAUGGACUCUGAAAUGUAUAAAAGGUAAUAAUGAUCCUGACAGAGCGUGGAGGCCAGCAUGCUAAUAGACACAAAAAUAGCCAUUUGUCCCUUCCGCCAGGGAUAAGGGAAAUGGCUCCUUUUGGUAGAGAACUGGCUUCACAAGCUCCCGAGGAAUGCUAACUUUUGUUAAACACCGUAAUUUGGGGAAAUGGAGUUUCCUUUGUACCUGACACACUGAAAGUUUCACUAAUAAAAGCAGAUCCUAGCUUAGAAUCUUUAGAGUUGUGUGUUCAACUUAGAAUACCAUAAAAGCCAUACAACUUAAAAAGGACUAUUGGUGUGGGGGAGCGUUUAAGGGGACAGAUAAUGUAACAGUGGCGAUAGGAAAACAAAAAUGGGUUAAGGGGAGUCAAGCAGGCACGAGGGUAAAGAGCCAUAAACAGUGGGAGGGUUAACUCUCAAGUUUGUCUUAACCAAAAGCAUGUACUACUCAAAGCUGAGCUUCGGAAAGGUGUAAUGAGCACAGUGAGAAAUGCCUUUUAGACACGCAAAAAUAGCUUAGUCAGGAUUCCCACUCACUCAAGGCUGCACCUGAACCAGAAGCCAGGGACAUCGCUUACUCAAGAUAACCAGACACAGGCCUAGAACCUCAAGACGCCGUCUGGACAGUAUAUAAAGAGACGGAGACCAAGAGCAAUGCUCUGCUCUGCAUAUCUGGAGAGAAUGUCACCGUGGUCUGCCCUGAGGCUGGAGAAUCUCCCCCAGGAUCCUGAGUCUCGAAUCAGAGACUGUUAGAACCUGGACCCGACCUACACACAGGUGAGCAGCUCUGGGAAGACAGGCUUAGGACCGUAGUUAAGAACGUGAAGUUUCGGGGCUGGAGAGAUGGCUCAGAGGUUAAGAGCACUGUCUACUCUUCCAGAGGUCCUGAGUUCAAUUCCCAGAACCCACAUGGUGGCUCACAACCAUCUGUAAUGAGAUCUGCUGCCCUCUUCUGGCCUGCAGGGAUACAUGCUGUAUACAUAAUAAAUAAAUAAAUCUUUAAAAAAAAAAAAAAAAUGUGAAGUUUCUGUGAUGGCCC